CUGCCGUGUUACAGGAUGGAAAUUCCUGGCGUCCCCAGGGAGGGAGCUCAGGCUCGGGGCUGUGAAAGGCUCAUUUAUCCAGCGCGCUGCAGACACUGACUCAUCCCCCCCUCUCGCUAGCUCCGCUCCCAGCCAGCCCGGCCCCGCGCCCCCGGCUGCCCCGCACCAUGCGCUCUCCGCCCGUCGCUGCCGCCGCCGCCUCGCUGCUCCUGGCCGCGCUGCUGCUGGUUGCCCCGCCGCUCGGGGAGUCCGAGAGCCCGAAGGGGAAGCACAAGGCGCUGCGCCAGAGGGAGGUGGUGGAUGUGUACAAUGGAAUGUGUUUACAAGGACCUGGUGGUGUUCCUGGACGAGAUGGAAACCCUGGCAUCAAUGGAAUUCCUGGGACACCUGGAAUCCCUGGUCGGGAUGGGUUGAAAGGAGAAAAAGGAGAAUGUAUGCGAGAAAGUAUUGAGGAGUCUUGGACACCCAACUUCAAACAGUGUUCAUGGAGUGCGCUGAAUUAUGGCAUAGAUCUUGGGAAAAUUGCAGAAUGUACAUUCACAAAGAUGCGCUCUAACAGUGCUCUAAGAGUUCUCUUCAGUGGAUCACUUCGACUCAAAUGCAAAAAUGCAUGCUGCCAGCGGUGGUAUUUUACAUUUAAUGGAGCCGAAUGCUCUGGGCCACUUCCUAUUGAAGCCAUAAUUUAUUUAGACCAAGGAAGCCCAGAGCUGAAUUCAACUAUUAAUAUACAUCGCACUUCUUCAGUGGAAGGACUGUGUGAAGGAAUCAGCGCUGGGUUGGUGGAUGUUGCUAUCUGGGUUGGUACUUGUGCAGAUUACCCAAGAGGUGAUGCUUCUACAGGAUGGAAUUCAGUCUCUCGGAUCAUCAUCGAAGAGCUGCCGAAAUAGAAGUUUUUUCUAAACCUCCUUAUAACCCAUCAUUCCCAAUCCCCCUAUCAAUUUUUUAUACACAUUUUGUACAAUUAACUUUGAAAUUGAAUAUUUCUGUAGAGCUUUGUAAGCAUUUGGCCAGAAUACACAAACUUGCUUACAAGCACCCUAGUUGAAUUUUUCCAGCUGAACUGUUUAACAUGUAGGCACAUCACUGUUGAGCACACCUGGCAAGUUCUUCUACAAUAUAAUUUUAGAACAAAUAUUAGAAACAAGUUUGUCCAGUUGUUUUAUUAUAAUUUGGACCGAAUAUUUAUCACCUUUGUAAAAACUAUACAUUAAAUCUUUUUAUAUUGGUAAAAUAAAUAAGACCUUUUACAAAAAGCGGCAAAAAUCCAGGCUAUUUUAUUGUCAGCAAAAUGCAAAGGGUUUUACUUUUUACAUGACUAUUAUGAAACAGGUGGAUUAGAGUAGCUUGACAGACAUGAAAGUAGUAUCUGUGGAGAAAAUACUAUACUUUAUUCUUCAUUUUAGAUUCCAAGAGCAUUACUUAAAAGUAUCAAGUCAUAUUAUACAAACCUGAUUGUACUACUGUAGCACCGAAUUAUUCAAUUUUACUAUAGUUCUGAUUCAACUCCCAUUGAUGUGCGUGAGAGUUGGAUCCAUGCCAAUAAGAAGCAGAAAAUAUCUCAUUUUAAAAGAUUAAGUUUUCAGCAUACCAUUUUGGCUUUUCCCCCACUAAGUUAAAUAACUCAUUAAGAGGUUCUCCACACACAAUUUAUGUUUAGUAUGAAAGUCAGUUAAUACUGAAGAAGACUAAUAAGCGUG